AUGCAGCCACCUUAUCCAUCGUUCACAGCAACGUGGCACAAUGAUACUUACCCAGCGAUAGAUCCAACUCGGACGGAAUUAUCUCAAGCUGGGAAGACUGUCAUUAUUACAGGAGCGGGCAGCGGAACUGGAAGACAGACAACAAUUGCCUUCGCAGCAGCAGGAGCGAAGCACCUGGUGUUAAUUGGCAGAACCGAGUCAGAUCUGGUUGAAAGCCAAAACUUGAUUCCUGCUCCCACAACCAGCACGAUAUUUGCUUGUUCGGUGGUAGACGAGAAGGCCAUCCAAAACGCUGCAGGCAAGAUUGGAAAUUGGGAUGUUCUUAUAAUGGGAGCAGGCCAUGAGCCAAGUCCUGCCAAAAUCGUAGAUCAAAAAUUGGUGGACUUUUGGACUGCCUACGAGGUCAAUGUGAAGUCGAUAGUUAUCGCAGCACAAGCAUUGUUUCCACACGCAAAUGAAAAUGCGAGUGUCUUUGCAAUCACUUCUGGCGCUAUGGCACUGCCCCCAGCUUAUACUCCAAAUUUGUCUGGGUCUAUGGGUUCAAAGGUCGCUCAAAUCAAGUUGAUGGAAUUUUUGGCCGCAGAAAAUCCCGACAAGUUCAUUUGUAGCGUUCAUCCAGGAAUACAUGACACCAAGAUGUUUCGACGAUCAGCGGCUGAUGCUAGCCAGCUCCCAAUGGAUACUCUUGAACUUCAUGCCCAUUUCAUGGUUUGGCUGGCAACACCAAAGAAUAAAUUCCUGCAAGGACGUGUCGUAUUCGCGAACUGGGAUGUUGACGAGCUCUCUGCUCGCGCCGAAGAGAUAACGACUAGCACAGUGUUGACAAUCGGCUACUCAGGCUGGCCAUUUGCUUAA